CACUGGGCAGUCAUGGUAUCAAAGCUUGAGCCGCCAAACGACGCAGUCCAUUCAUGUCAUGCCAGGCGACUCUUCGUUCUGAAAGAUGAUCAUCUGCACCCUCAUCGAUUCUCCAAGGUCCGUAACUUCAGAAACUCCUCAAGGAACGCAUUUAACUUGUCUCAGGCCAAGAAGCUCUGUAUCGCCCUAGUGGUCGGGCUCUCGAUGUUCAACAGUACCCUUUCUUCCAGUCUUCCUGGCGGCUCAUCCUUCUACAUCGCUUCGUACUUUGACAUCGUCCAGCCGCAAGAACAGAUACUGGUGUCCACGACGUACCUGAUCGGAUACGUCAUCGGGCCGUUGCUGUUUGCACCGAUGAGUGAACAUCUCGGGCGUAANAAAGUAUUGAUGGUGACAGGCGGCCUGUUCUUUACAAUGUCGUUGGCGUGUAUCUUCAGCCCAAGCUAUGCAGCACUUCUGGUNUUUCGUUCACUCGCGGGCAUGGGUGGUUCUGCACCAAUCUCCAUCAUUGGUGGGGUCUAUGCGGACAUAUACCCCAACCAUUCGUCCCGCGGAACUGCCACAGCUGCUUAUNNACUAUGGUCAGGAACUACUUUAGGCACAGUGCUGGGCCCAACGAUCUUCGGUUAUGUGGCGUACAGCGACUGGCGCAUGUCCUUUGUCCUGACCACGACUCUUGCGGCAACCGCACUCGUGGGCAUAUUGUUCCUACCUGAGACACAUGCACCAGUCAUCGAGCAAUCUCAAAUCAAUAAGGCGCGCUGCACCAAAUCUUGCCGAGCACUCGUAUCGCACACUGAUCAGGUUGCAAGAAGCCUCAGUGCCAUACUAUUGACGGCCGUAAAGCGACCACCAAAGCUCUUCUUCACCGAGGCGAUCGUGUUCUUCUCAUCCUUAUACUGCGCACUCGUUUUCGCCAUCCUGUUCGUUUUCUUUGCGGCGUACCCUUAUAUCUUCCGCACAGUCUACGGCAUGGAUCACAGGACUGCGGGUCUAGCCUUCAUACCCAUCGGAGUAGGGACGAUCAUGUCGAUGCCGUUAUGUAUGGUAUACGACGUAUUCCGGGAAAAACGCAAAAGGAGGGGAAGACAAUGGGCAACAAGAGAGGAAUACCGCAGGUUACCACUCGCGUGCGCUGGCGGUAUAUUGCUUGUGGUCUCGCUCUUCUGGCUCGGCUGGACUGCUUCGCGGUCUUUCCAUUGGGGCAUACCUAUGCUGUCCGGCCUGCCCUUUGGCAUUGCGUUCAACCUGAUUUUGAUAGCUCUCUUCAACUAUUUGACGGACUCGUACGGCAUAUACUCCGCUAGUGCCCUCGCGGCUGCCAGCUGCGCAAGGAGUAUCCUCGGAGCAGUCCUUCCCCUGGCCCAGAACACCAUGUACACCAAUCUGGACAUUGGCUGGGCUACGAGCAUUCUUGGCUUUGCAGCCGUGCUGUUGCUUCCUGUUCCGUUUGCCUUCAUAGCAUUUGGUCCUGGGAUCAGACAGCGAAGCCCGUUUUGCCAAGCCUCGCAGCAGCACACAAGAUGA